CUCUGGGGCUCGGCGGUGCUGGGUAGUCCUGGCGGACUGGGCGCGACUGAGGUCCGCAGACCAGAACUGGAGUGGAUGUUCCGGGAUCCCUUCCCCAGCCGUGGGGGAAGCACCUGCCUCCCACGCGCCCUCACCUAACCAGAGCGGGGAUUUCCUCGGCCCCUCCUGCUGCCCUUGUUUCGAGAAAGUAAAAGUGAAAGCAGGAAGACGAGGCUUCGGGGCUGAGGAGAUCGCGGCGCCAUGAAGGCCCUCUUCCUACUCCUCGCUCUGGCUUUGGGCCUGGGGACCACCGUCUCGGCGGGACCCGCGGUGAUAGAGUGCUGGCUCGUGGAGGACGCAGGCGGGGGCCGCCUGUCCAAGAGACCCGCUGCAUUGCUGCUGCGUCAAGGCCCAGGGGGACUACCUCCCCGGCCGGACCUCGACCCCGAGCUCUACCUCAAAGUGCAUGACCCCGCGGGCGCCCUCCAGGCUGCCUUCAGGCGGUACCCCCGGAGCGCCCCCGCACCACACUGCGAGAUGAGCCGCUACGUCCCGCUCCCCGCGUCAGCGAAUUGGGCCAAGGGCCUGUCCCCAGAGCAGAAUUGCCCGCGGUCCCUGGACGGGACUUGGCUUAUGGUCAGCAUGUCCAGCCCGAUCCUCGGCGUUUCCAGCCUCAUGCGACCACAGUCCGAGCCUCAGCAGGAAACUGCACCCAUCACCAUGGCAACAGUUGUGCUGACUGUCCUCACCCACACCCCCACCACUCAAGUCCAACUGGGAAAAGACGCUCUGCUGGAUUUGAGCUUUGCCUACAUGCCCCCCACUCCAGAGGCCACUACGUCUCUGGCCCCAGGUCCCCCUCCCUUUGGGCUGGAGUGGCGACACCAGCACCAGGGUAAGGGGCACCUGCUCCUGGCUGCAACUCCUGGGCUGGAUGGGCAAAUGCCAGCUGCCCGACAUGGGGCAGUGGCAUUUGCUGCUUGGGAUGAUAAUGAGCCAUGGGGUCCAUGGACCGGAAAUGGGACCCUCUGGCUGCCUGCAGUGAGGCCCUUCCAGGAGGGCGCCUAUCUGGCCACCAUACACCUGCCAUACCUGCAAGGGCAGGUCACCCUGGAGCUUGCUGUGCAGAAGCCCCCCAAAGUAUCCCUGAUGCCAACACCUCUUGUAUGGGCUGUGCCCGGGGAAGCACCCCCCGAGUUGCUCUGCCUCGUGUCCCAUUUCUACCCCUCCGAGGGCCUGGAAGUGGAGUGGGAGCUCCGAGGAGGCCCAGAGGGCAGCUUUCAGAAGGCCCAGGGAAAGAGGUGGCUCUCAGCCUUGCGCCAACACUCUGACGGUUCUGUCAGUCUCUCCGGGCACCUGCAGCUGCCCCCGGUCACCUCUGCACAGCAUGGGGCACGCUAUGCCUGUCGUGUCCACCACCCCAGCCUGCCUGCCUUGGGGCGCAGUGCUGAAGUCACCCUGGAAGUGGCAGGUCACUCUGGACCCUCCCUGGAGGAUGGUGUAGGCCUCUUCCUGUCUGCUUUUCUGCUCCUGGGGCUCCUCAAGGCACUGGGCUGGGCAGCUGCCUACCUGUCUGCUUCCAAGGAGUCAAAGAAGAAAGUACAGUGAGGGUACUCAACACCAUGCUGGGGAGCCACCAUCAUCUCUGGCCUGAGCUGCUGCAGUAGCCCCCCCCCCCCCCCCCAGUAUGCCAUCACCUGCUUCUGCUCCUUCCCAUCUCUCUCCACUGAAUGGCUGGAAUUCUUUUUUUUUCAAGACCCAAAUCUACAGCAUUCACGUUCUUAAGAGCUCUAGGGCAGUGGUUCUCAAAAUUUUUAUCUCAGGACAUCUUAAAAAUCAAGGACUCUAAAGAGAUUUUGCUUAUGUGGGUUAUAAACUAUUUAUCAUACUAGAACUUAAAACUGAGAAAAGUUCAAAGCAGAAGACACAAGCACACAUUCCACUAGCUGUGAGGGUGAUGUCAGUACACAUGUACCUUCUGGAAAACUUCACUGUACGCUUUUAAGAGAAUGGGCGUGAAAAAGACAAAUAACAUCUUCGCAGUGUUAUGAAGAGACUUAACUUUGUAUACCUAGUGCAAUAGUCUCAGGGACCUCUGGGGCAGGGCCCACACCGGAAGAACCGGUGCUCCAGAGGCCAAAUCCAUUCUUGCUCUUGGAAUAUGCAUUUCCGACGAUGGUGCCACUGCUUGACCUCUUCCACCCCUCUCAAUGCUCGUCACACGGACCGCUAUUCCUCUCCUCCAGUGGCCUCCCACCCUCCCGUUGGGUCCCAGAACUCUGCUCCUUCUGCCGGGUUCGCACUCGCUCUCCCUGGGGUCCAAAUCAGGUCAGCCUCGUCAUUCCCCUCAGACCCCCGCGUGUCCCUCUAGUGCGGUUCACCAUGCUUGUAUUGAAGUGAUUGUGCGAGUCGUUGUUAAAGCCCGUCUCCCCUUCUGGACUCGCAGCUCCUCGAAGGCAAGAACCCGCGCCCGCAGUGGGCCUAGCGCCCACUGGAGGGCGCUCAGUGGAAGAAAUUACAGAAUGUUUUUGGUCCUAAAUAUUCAAAAACAGACGUGGGGUCAAAUAAGUACAGGACGAAGGAAGCGGCGGCUCAACGGAGGGGCCUUCGAGGGGCUGGACGGUGGGCCAGACCGGCAGGGGGAGCGGGCUUGGUCCGAUGGGAAUAAAGUUGUGUUCCAGUGCU